AGCUCAACCACCAGCACUCGGCAUUCUGUCGUCACGUCUCCACGGCUGCCUCGGACUUGUAUCGGUGUUCAAAACGGACUUCCUCCCCCUUCGCGCCCGCUGGGCUGGCAUCGGGCGCAACCACCCACCUGUCUCUGCUCUGCCGCCUCCUUGCUUUGAUUUGCGCCUUUCCUGGGGCUGCCUCGGGGGUCCCGCAGAUAUGUCGGACCACAACGACGCAAGCCCAACCGGGAUCGAUGACUUGACUCCCGAAGAAGCCAGUCGCAUCAUCCACUCGCACAGGAAAGUCCGAUAUGGAACUGCUUGUUGGCCAUGCCGCCAGCGCAAGGUGAAAUGCGAUAACAAGCAGCCCUGCGAGAACUGCGUCAAGCGCGACCAUGCGCAGCUGUGCUCCUACAAGCCUAAUCGAUCGGGCGUCCGGGGCUCUAUGGCAUCAGAUACCGCCUCCUCCACCACACAGGGCAAGAAGCGGGAGCACUCCCCGGACGAGGACGACGCCCACCACAAGGCACAGGACAUCAGGACCGAAUCGAGUAGUGAGAUCACUGCUGCCUAUGCCGAGCCUGAGAACUCUGAAGUGUCCAGGUAUCUCGGCCAGAACAGUAUCCCUGCCAUUCUCCGCGAGCAACUUCCUCAAAACGGGCAGCAGGAGGAGGUCAUCCAUAUUCGCCAAGAGAUGCGAUCUAUCCUGGGACUAGACACGUCCGCCCCCUUUCCUCUCAUGUCCCGCAGGCAUCUUGAUCGAAUGACAAUGGAGAUCGUCUCUGAGCUCCCCUCUGAUAGAGAGGUCAUGAAAUUGUUCCGGACUUACAAGGAAAUCCCACAACAGUUCUGGGGGUUUGUUAUCGACAUUAGCGAGCUCGAGUCCCGCUUGAUGAUCUAUCUGGAAGACCGUGCCAAGAAUGCCAAGUCCUCCAACAAAACCACGAAGCCGGUUUCGGCAUCAUGGCUCGCCAUCCUGUUCGCCAUCCUGGCCGUGGGCUCACAAUACCACGAGUCCCCCUACCACGUCCGAACGGCAAACUCGCAGAAAUACAUCCAGAUAUCCUUCCACUUUCUUCGCAUCAGCAAUUUCUUGCUACGACCGAAUUUUGACUCCAUCCAGGCUAUGCUCAUGACCAGUUUUGUUCUUCUUAACGACAUGAAAGCAGAAGCCUCAUGGGCUCUGCUUGGUCUAACAUGUAGACUGGCUCAGUCGCUCGGUCUUGACAAGCACCCGCACCUCGACGGAAAGGAACCUCCCGAGAUACUCCAAAAGGAGACGGUGAGGAGAAAGCUUUGGUGGAAGUGCGUCUGGCAUGACUCUCUUACAUCACUCUCAUUCGACCGCUCCCCAAUGACGAACGCGGGCGCAAGUCCCAUACCAAUCGCCAACCCUGACCCUGGUAACUGGGAGUACCUAGAGGGCAUGUACCACUUGUGCAAGAUCAUCUCGCAGCGCCUCAACCCAGAAGCGCUCGCUGCGGCGACAUACGAAGACAUUAUGGAGAACUGCCAGACAACGGAGGCAAUUCGUGAUAAGAUGAAACCUCAACUCCGCAGCAAGGAAGCGUGCAAGUCGGCCCUCGACCGCCUCCACUACUUUGCCAUCCGCCUACACACCUCCUUCAUCGUUUCGGUUUGCUGCCGGCCAGCACUACAUCGGGGUACAUCCACACAUGACAGCUCGGGUAGUAGUACAAGCACUAGUGACAACAACAGCCACGGUCCUGGCCAUUCAGGUGGUACCAGCCUAAGCGGCUCGCAAAAGCGAAAGCUCGCGGACAAGUGCAAACGUAACCUCACCGAGACGGUGCGCAUGUUCCUGGCUAUGCAUCAGCUGUCAGUGAUACCAACGCGGUCGUGGGCCUUCACAUACCAUGGCCUCUCCUCGGCCGUCCUGCUCGGCAUCUUGGGUGAGACCAAGGCGGACCCGGAAGUUCGCCAGCUACAAGGCGACCUCAUCUCGGCACUUUCGGCCACCGCCGCAAAGGAAGCCACUUCACCAGCCGCCAACAUCACUCCCUCUGACAAGGAUAUCGAGCUGUCAGGUCCGCUGUCGCGUGCUCUCAUGGCACUCCGCAACAUCUACGACCACGGCUCCAUCACAGGCAACGGCGCAGGCCUCCGCAAAGAGCUAGCCAGUAGUGGCUACGCCUCAGGCGCCCGCACGCCGCUCAAAUUUGGUGUCCCGGCGCCGCAGCCAGCAGGAGGCAGCGGCCAAGAUCCGCAGCAACAGCUCCUCAACAGCGUCUCGACCACGCUGGACCCCCACCAGGAUGCGGCCCUCGCCAUGGCGACAAUGCAGAAUGGAAAUGGGCUUUCCGAGUUUUCCAAUAGCAUGACCUUCGUCCCACAGAUGCAGGACGGCAUCAUCGAUCCCGCCGUCAUCGACCCCUCCACAUAUAUGUCACCUAUGGACGUCUACGAUCAAAUAUUCUGGGAAUCUCCGGACCCAUGGAACACCGGAAUGGACUCGAUGAACUUCGACUUCCUCGCCCAGCCGCCCCCGGGUCAGCCCCAGCAACAGCAAUUUUAUUUUUAACCGACACAACUUGUCUCGAUUCUAAUAUUUCAUGCUUGUUUUACUAGAGAAUGACCCACGAUGAUGAUUUUCGCCUCCGC